GCCCGCAGCGUUACCACGGAGACCCGGCCCAGCUGGGGAGGGGCGAGCCCAGGCGCGCAGGCGUAGGACCCAGCAACCCCUCUCAGCGCAAUCCUCAGAGCUGUGGGUGAGCGCCCAGACCUGGCGCGUGCCCGGCUGCCCUCCCCCAUGCCGCUCCAGGUGAACACAGUGGAGUCCUCCCUUACCCAUGAAAGGGGGCCGCGUCACUGAGGCCAUUCUCAGGGACAAAGGUCGGAGCGGCCGGGCUGCAGCAUCCCUGAGAGUGACACGUAAGCCCCCUGCGGAUUCUCCAACAGCCCAGGAGAGGAGCCAGGGCAUCAGGACAGGCUGCUGCGUCAGCGUCAGCGGGCUAGAGGCAGCAGAGGCCCUGACUACGUAGCCCCACCUGCCACAUUCACCUGAACCUGAACCCAAGACUGCGGCUGUUCCAGGGCAGGACUUGCACCCGGCACCGCAGCCCACGUCCGCCCCAGAUCCCCCCUGCCCUGCGAUCGGCGCCAGAGGGCAGCCUCACCAUGGCCACCAGCCUGUUGCGGGACUGGUGCCAGGGGCUGCAUGUGGACGCGCACCGGACUGCUGUCACCGGCAUCCCAGACGGCCUGGAGAGGGCAGCCAUCGAAGUCUUGCAGCCGGCCUUCCUGCCCCUGGGCACCUUCAGGCUGUGGAACACCCGGGCGGCGACAGACCACAAGGCCAAGGCUGCCCUGGUGGAGUUUGUGGAGGACAUCACCGCGCGCGUCCCCAGGGAGAUCCCGGGCACCGACGGCGACGGCGUCCGGAGGGUUGUGUGUCAGGACCCGGCCGAGGACACAGGAGUCCUGAGGCAGAUGAGACGCCUCCUGCUGGAUGAGGAGCCCCGGCAGGCCGCAGGGCCCGGGGGCCCCGGGGACAGUGUCCCGUCUGCAGCCUCGGCCUCCUCGGAGACCCGGGCCCAGGGCGCAGAGCCCGCCGCCAGGAAGGCUGGUCCCCCGAGGAGGGGCCGCCGGGGGCGCAGAAACAGAGGCAGAGGCAGCAGGGGGUCCCAGGGGGGCAGGCAGGCCGAGCGGGGAGGGCGGCCCACGGACGCCAGGCGGGAGUCGGACGCCUCGGACGCCUCUGCCCAGGGCAGCCUGGGGGUCGUGCUGCAGGGGCCGGAGCAGGGCGACCCGAGCGAGAGCGCCGCCGAGGCUCCGAGCGCGCUGUCCGCCGCGCUGCACGAGGCCGCCCAGGAGCUGAGCAGGAAGGAGUGGGCCCUGCCGAGCGCGCAGGAGAGGGGCCCCGCGAGUUCCUGGCCCUGGGGACGCCGCGGGGGACAGGAGCCCGCCGACGGCGACGCUGCGGACGGCCCGCCGCGGCCACACGGGGAGCCCGGCGACGAGGGGCUGGAGCACCCCGAGUUCGUGGCCAUCGUGGCCUCCACGGACCCGUCGGACCCAUCGGCCCGGGAGGAGCUGCAGAAGAUCGCGGCGGUGAUGGAGGUCCUGGGCUGGAGAGAGACAGAGCGGACGGAUGCGCCCCCCGAGGUCCUCCGCGUCAUGGCCCGGGACGGCGGGGGAGCCCGCGUGCAGGUGGAGGACGCAGGCCGCCGGGUGGACGCCGUGGCGCUGCGGGAGGCCACGCGCGACGGGAGCCUGCGGGAGUCCUCUGCUCCCUGGCCGCGCCCGGCCGCGCUCCGCUCCCGGGGCGAGAGGGCGCCGCGUGGCCCCGAGGGCUGGGCGGACGGCGAGGGGCACCUCCUGGAGCUCGUGGCCUGCUGGCCGCGCGGGAGGCCCGGGAAGGCGGCCGCCAAGGCGGGAGGGCGGCGGCGCCCGAGGCGGGCUGGGCGAGGUCCUGGCGCUGCUGGCUGCGGGGGGCCGUGCGGGCGGCGCAGCGCGGGGAGCCGGGGCGCGGGCCGCGGGCGUGCAGGGAGGUGGGCGAGGCGGGCGCCGGCCCCUUCCCGUCGGGCUCGGGCGGACGCGGAGCGGGAGGCGGGGGGAGGCCGCGGCGGAAGGGCCGUCACUCCGGACUCGCGCGCCCACGACCAGGCGGCCGCGCCCCGGCAAAAGAAGGGGCGCGCGGGCGCCGGGGCCCACGGCUCGGAGUCCGCCCGGGGCAGGAAGGCUGGGCGCGGCGGGGGCAGCCCCCCAGGUGCCGCUAGGGGAGCCCGGAGCCGCGCGGACGCACCGGGGCGCUGCCCCCCCUCCCUGCGCCGGGGCGGCCUCCCCGCCUCACCGCCGGCCUCCCCGCGCCUGUCAGUCCCCGCCUCGCAGGUGGCGGAGCGACCCGGGGGUAGGACAGAGAUGCGGGUGCCUCCAGCCCGCCGCGGCCCCCGGUGA